UUAGCGCGCGCACACACGCACAUUCUCGCCCACUCAUCUUUCCAUCUCCUCGAACAACACCUUCUCUGAUUUUCGCCUCUUUCUUCAUUUCUUCUGCCGUCCUUCCUUUUCGGUCUCACCGGCCCCUCUCUCUCAUAUGGAGGUUAGGGUCCUUUUGCCGCAUCUUAUACGUGCGCAGCUCUUCCACGCCCUCACAAAUCCAGGGUAAGACUUUUGCAAAGAGCAAACCUGAGGAUUGAUGGGGCAGGCGUGAGGAGAAACAAUGUCCAGGCUGUGAGGAGAGCACCCACUUGGCCUCGAAACAUGAUUGGCGGCUGAAGGAGUGACAGGCUGACCGUUAUCAGCUUCGAUGGCGUGGAACAAGCAAUGCAGGACUAAGCCAUCAGUCCCGUCGUGCUCCACUGUUCCACUGAGCCUCCUCGUCUUACUGCUCGCUGGCCUGAGCACAGCUGGGCCGCCCCGACCAGCACGCCCUCCCCUGCUGUCCGGACAGCCUUUUAUCAUUUUCUGGGCCAUACCCGAUUCCUCCUGCUCCGCCAGGCCAGAUCCUGGAUCUUUUGGAAUGGAACGUGAAGGCCGGGUGGUGGUCUUCUACGAGGACACGCUGGGAAACUACCCGUAUUUCCUGGAUAAAGACACAAAGGUCAAUGGGGGUUUACCACAGAACACCCGGCUGGACAACCAUCUGCAGAAAACUCAGUUGGACCUCGACGCGGCGUUGCCCGCCCCCAGGUUCCUCGGGCUGGGGGUGCUGAGAUGGUCCGAGUGGCUACCCCAGUGGUUGAGAAACAGGGAGAAGAAGGCCGUUUAUCAGGCAGCUUCCCGGAACCUCCUGAAGGCGUUCUUCCCUAACUGGACUCCCGAGGAGGUGGAGAAGUGGUCACAGAUGGACUUCGAGGCAGCUGCCCAGUCAGUAAUCAUGGAAACUCUGAGGGAGGUCAAACGCUUACGUCCCAAAGCUUUAUGGGGUGUCUCCCCUUACCCGAGCUGCUACAACGGCGAACCCGCCCAAACCGCUUUAGCCAACUACACCGGCCAGUGCCCCCCUGUUGAGAAGACCCUUAACGAGGAGCUCCUGUGGCUGUGGAGACGCUCGUCCGCCCUGUACCCUCUUCUGUCCCUGGAGAAGCUACAGGGUGGAACGUCCUCAGGGAGGCUUUAUAUGUCCAGUGAAAUCCAGGAAGCUCUCAGAGUGUCCUCCCUGGCCGGAGCGACGUUCGAUCUUCCUGUAUUCCCACUGAUCAACAGUGUGUACGCCUCCACCAACACGUUCCUGUCACAGGCAGACCUGGUCAGCAGCAUCGGGGAGAGCGCUGCCAUGGGAACAGCCGGAGUGGUCAUCUGGCAGAGAAGUGACACCAAGACAGAGAGAGAAUGUCAAGACCUGGCAGAGUUCAUCCGCAAGGUCUUGGGACCUUACUCCAUUAACGUAACCACGGCAACAAGGAUGUGCUCAGCCUCCCUUUGCCAGGGAAAAGGCAGAUGUGUCCGUCAGAAUCCGGACAGCUCCGCCUACCUCCACCUCCCACCGCCCCCCGACGUGACGGAGAAGGUGACAGAGAAGGCGGAGGCAGAAAAAGCCACAGACCAGCCCGACCCUGACGCUAAGGCAGCUCAACCGGACCCGGCCGAGAUGUGGAAGAAAGACUUCCAGUGCCAGUGGUACAAGACAACAGACAGGGACGUCUCGGAUCAGCAGUCCCCCAAAGACGGAACCUCUGUCAAAGGGCCGCUGGAGCAAAUUCCCAGGGAUCUAAGAGGGACUUUGACCACUUAUACAGCGGCUUCCGUCACAAAAGGUGCCUCUGUGAUCGAAGCGAGCGAAAGCGGUUCGGCACUGAUGGCCGCAGACUCCAACAUAAUUCUGCUGCUGCUGGUGGCUGCUUGUCUGUGUGCGAACUAAAAAAAAACAAACUCUGGACCCUUGCUGAAGUGCCUUUGAGCAAGAUACUGUUGACCAGUGCUGCUCUGGACCAUGACCACGUCAUUCAAGUCUGCAUUAAAUGUUAUCUGGAUGUGCCAACGCACAGCAGCACUGUCACUUAUGUCACUUUUAGGGAAUUCAACUGCUCAAAGCAAACCUUGCGUACAAUAAAAGGACGUUCUAAAGAUCAUCACCAGCAAUUUGUGCCCGCUUGCAUGCAGCUGCACGUGUUGCAUGUUUAUGAACCUUGCGGUCGCUAGAAAUGUUUUCGCUUUCACCAAUGCUCUAAAACGCUUACGAACGCGUCCUAAACCCCUGAUGGGAUUGCUUCCUAAUUUAAACCAUGUUUAAAAGGCACUUGGGUGAUGCUCUAUUAAUAAGCAGUUUAGUCUGCGCCAUAAAAUGCUGGCUGAGCAUAGCGACAAAGUUUGACUCAUGGAGAGGAAGAAAACACACAAAAUGGACAUCAUUUGAAAAGAUCCAAAUGCCCCGGUGCUUAUUUCGACACGGCACCUUAGUAGUGACAGGAAAUAAAAACAAAAUGAUUGCACAUCACACUAAUUCACCCGUCUUAUAAAUAAUCGUAUAAAAAAUUUGCUCUGAAAACAGCACUUGGGUUUUAAAUGAGUGACGACGUCGAGUGAGAAGGUACAGAACCUCCAACUAUUAAUGAAAUUCCUAUAACGCCUUUUUCUUGUUUCCUCAUGUUCUUUGCAGUGUUUAAAAAUAACUAGUUAAUCAUUUAUAAGCAUUUUGUAUGGAAAACAAUUCAAUCUUCAGUUUGUUUUAAUGGAUUAAACACAGAAAGUUCCCGGCUUUGGUAUGGACUGUGAAACUCGGUGUUUUAUAACUGUUCAAUUCAGAUAUGAUGCCUCUAUUUCAGGGAUUCUCAAACUGUGGUACGGGUACCACUAGUGGUACGCGGGCUCCAUCUCGUGGUACGCCAAAGAAUCACUGAAUUCAAACCCAGUGUUAUCGUUUAAACUGUGUGCAAUGUUAGGGAACGAAACUACCGGUAUUAAAUAUACUUGUUAAAUAAAACUUCUGUUUCUUUUUUCAUGAAAACCUCAGCUUACUACGCUACUGAAAUUUAAUGUCGGUCAUUAUGGAGAGCCAAGUUUUUGUGAGGUGGUACUUGGUUAAAAAAAGUUUGAGAACAUCUGCUCUAUUGAAUGACAAACUACUACAAAAUAGCACAAGGACAAUGACUUUGAGUGGAGAUCUGCUUCCUGAAUAAAGUGCAUUUUAAAUCCUUUGUUUUUGUCAAAGUAGCUCUGAAAGUGAUUGAAAAGAAUUAACUAGAGCUAAUGUAUACUGAGAUACAAAAUGCAAAUGGCCAUUUUUUGUUCGUCGAUUUUUUUUAAUUACAAAAUGUGAGUUGUGGGUACCAAAAUUGUGUUAUUGU